AUGUCGGAAGAGGAAGGGAGCCGCGUCGAAAUGCAGUGCAGGCGCCUUAUCGUCGGGCUUGACAUCGAGCCCAGCAUCGGGUCACGAGUCUCGACCAGUGUUGGCUCAAGUCGGCAGAACCAUGGAACGAUCGUCUCGAUAGACGGCGACAGAGUCAAAGUCUGCUGGGACGGGGGAAACAUAGACAACAGGAAGCUGAGCAGCCACGAGCUAUCGGCCGUUGAUGCAUCAGAGAAGAUCUACUUCCGCACCCGCGACCACCUGAAGCAGACGGUCCUCACAGACAAGACCACCCCCAACGACAUCGCCCUCGAGCUCAUUCAAGACCUCGAGGAUGCGGAAAACCGCGCGAGUCAGCUCCGAGUAGCCUCCGCCUCCCACAGCUACCGCAAGACAGAGGAGACCGUGACUCUCCAGGAGAGGAUCCGGGACCUUGAGCGCGAGCUCGAGGACAAGGAGGAGCUGCUGUUAAGAGCGCGGGAAGAGCUCAAAGAGGAGAAGGAGAAGCAGCAGGAGCUGCUGACUAAGGUGAAGGGAGCGCAGACUUCAAGGAAGGGUUUGGAGGAACAGCUCGAGGCAGAGAUGGAGAGCGCAGUGAGGAUGCGGGCGAAGUGGGAGGAGGAGAAGAAGAAGAGGUCAAGGCAAGAAGAACGAGUUGAGGAAUGUAUGGCCAUCAAGACUGAGCUUGACAAGACUUGCAAUGAUCAGAAGAAACUCAUCAGAGAGCUCAAUCUGCAGAUUGAUGAUGAGAAGCACAAAUACAAGCUCCUCGCUCAACAGCAACAAAAGAUGCUGCAAGACGUAGAAGCGUUGAAGAACGAAAGGGAUCUCGCUCUGGCAAGCUCAACCGAAUUGGAAAUCAAGCUCCGCAACAUGACCUCCGAGAAAAACUCCUUGGACGAGAAGUACAACUCAAUCAAGAUUAGCAUGGAGAAGGAAGUCAGGAACCUUCGACAAAGCUUGCUGAAGUUUGAGACUGAGAAUCAUGCGCUCCAGGCUGUGAAUGAGGAGUCGACUAUCAUGAUCAAGAAGUACAAGGAGCAGAUCUCCUUGCUCGAGCUCCGCAUCAGCGAGCUGUUUGACUCGUCGAUUACCAUGAAGAAGAAGAUUGAGGAGAUUCAGACUUUAGAGAUGCGGAUCAAAGUCAUAACAGAGCAGUACAAGAUGGAGUUGUCUGCUCAUGACGCGCUCAAGUCGGAGGUUCUGACGUUGAGAACCAACAUGGUGGAGCUUCAGACUCACUUCGUCGGUCUUGUGAUGCUUGUCGACUGGUGCAAGGCAAACUUCCACCUCUCCGAGGAGAUGGGCGGGGUAGGGAUGAUAGUCGGCAAGUAUCCCCAGGGAGGAUCAGCGGGUCGAUAUCCCGAUGGGUCUGACAGAGCAGGGCACAUCUACGUGCUGAGAAUCUUUCCCGACGGCCCAGCAGAUCUUUCAAGGAAGAUUGAGCUCAACGAUAGAAUCCACCUGGUUGACGACCUCGUGGUUGACGACGAUCACUCGAUAGAAGACGUCUUCCGACACAUCCGAGGGAAGCCUGGGACGCAAGUGACCCUCACGCUCGGGAGGUUCAACAGCAGCAACACCGAAGAUCGCUUCAGAGUCACUCUCACCAGACGGCCCCGCUCAUCCUACCACCCUGAUAGCCACUAG